AGAUGUCCCUUUCAUUGAAAGGGUGUAGAUUUUGUGUAUACGUGUGUGUAAACAGGGCUCACUCACUUACUCUUAUUUUCUAAAAGGGAAAUUUUUCGUCAGUUUUUUCCUCUCUGUAUAAGCUCUUUCCACUGUUCUAAAGAAGUCUUCACGCGUCUUUUUCCCUUGAUGUGUCGACUAGCCAAGCACGCAUAUACUCGGAACUUCAUAGAUAUAUAGUCGAUCUACUUGUGACUAUACUUAACGGUUAUGAGACACAAGGAUAUUUAGAAGUGAGACGUGAAAAAUAUAUCUAUAUGUACAGACGAUAGGCUGAGCGGGAACAUAUAGUAUUUACACAAAAAAGACACCCAGUGUAUACAUACACUACCACAGUCAGGCCGUGAAAUGAUCGACCAAGCUUUUUGCUAUGACUAUAGAGCAAAUAGUCUCUGUCUUCACUCGCCUGUCUGUACACGGGCGGGGAGAGGUAUAAAUUGAAGUAAAAACACGGAUCGGACGUUUGUUUCAACUGUGAUCCACCGCCGGAGAAGCAGUGUGGUUCUGUGUAUUAAGUACAGAGGGCGUAGUCUAAUGAAUGGAAACAAUACCGGUGUUUCGGAUUUUUAUACAUGUGCACCGGUUGACAAAAUGCCAUUGGAUCCUGAUAAAUAAUUUGAACCAAUCACUGGAGUAGGAUCCUGUGAAUUUUUUUUUACAGCACAAGGGUUAUGUGAUAGUGGAGAAGUAUUUAACACGUGUCUUAAACAGGAUAUAUGUGUUUCCAGUAGUGAUUUAAAACAAAAUGAAUACGGCGAAAUAUGUUUUAGUUUGUGAUAUUGGCAUGUUGAUAUUUAAGAGAGUUUGUCCGUUGACUUUUAGUGCUUACUCGUGUCACCCCUGGAACGGUUGAACAAAUAUGAAUGGAUACCAUCAGACCAUGCAUGACGUUAAGAUAGUUUCAUCGCUGUCAGGAAUUACGUAUUGAGUGUUAUGACUUUACGUAACAAGGCGCGUGUCCGUGGAACCGAAUGCAGAGAUAGCAACUUUGUAUUAAACGUAACCUUUUUAGAACGUCUGUUGGAAUUUGUCACUUGACAGCGCGUAUCGAACACGCCGAUAUUUCAUACUGGACAUCUUGCGAUAUCCUUCCAAUGAUUAGAACUGAUGUUGACGUGUAGAAAUAUUUACAUAAAUCAUCUUAUGUUUGGAAACUAUUUAAAUCUGUUUUAACCUCACAAUCAAACCCCGAUGUUAAACAUAUGUUCGCAUAGCACGUGCAUACACGCGUAGAUAGAGAUACAUAAUAUACAUACACGUGUUUUCUUUUAACUUUCCUUGUUUCUCGGAGAUAGAAAAAAAAACCUACCGAAAACACACAUUGGUUGUUUGGAUUUAUUUUCAAACAAAAAUAUUGCUUAAAAAAAUUGGAAGAUUCCAGUUGUCAGACUGUUGACAGGCAUUCAUAUGUAAUGGUGUGCGAUCGUCACUUUGAGUAAUUUUUACAGGGUUUGAAUAGCCCCAAGUUGUAAUUAUCUGGAACGGUGUCAAACGCUACCGUCGACCAGAAGGCUAAUUAACGGUGUAAUUAAGAUGUCAUAUGGAGAUUUAAUUCACAGUCGGAAUUUACCACAUUCUUAAAAUCAAAAUAUUCUUCAACUUAACACAAGAGCAAAAAAUCCAAUAAUUCUACGCCAUUAGUUUCAGAUUUCAAACUUUCUGAAGUGUUAUAAAUACAGAAAACCAAGUACAAUAAUUGCACUUGAUAAAACGAACAAUUAAUCAAUAUUAUUGGUUAUAAUUACCGAAAUAUUAGAUAGACAAUACCCGGAUGUUGAGUGGGACAAUUAUUAUUCUAGAGUUACUAUGUGUACAAAUACAUUCAACGAUGAUUCAACGUCAACAACGAAAGUGUCGAUCGUUCUUCUAUUCUGGGGGAUUUUAGGCGUAAUUGUGAUGAAAACACCUUUAGUCGACGCUCAAAUCUCAGGCAGUAUACAGAAGUGUGAAAACGAAGGCGAGGCUGUGUUCGUACCACAGAUAUCAGACAAUCCGUGUAUCACGUGUUUUUGUCGGGCGGGAGCUGUGGAAUGUAGACGCGAGAAAUGCGAGAGUUUGGAAGGGUGUUACAUGAUCUUGUUUGACUAUCUGUUAAGUGGCCACCGGAAGUGUUGCGAAGUGUGUAAAGGCUGCACGGUUGACGGAGAAUAUUUCUCCAGUAAUUCUCUAUGGACGGACAAGGCGGAUCCCUGCACAACAUACUCCUGCAAGGCCGGUGUAGCCACCAGGACAACCACCAAGUGUUACGCGCCAUGCGCAAACCCAGUUCCGGUUCCGGGUAAAUGCUGUCCGGUUUGCCAAAGUUGUCAAUAUGAUGGGAAAACGUAUAAUGAAGGUGAUGUGUUUCCGCUGUCAACAGACUUGUGUACCAAGUGUUCCUGUAAGAAUGGAACGGUCAGCUGUGAGAAGGAGACCUGUCCGGUUUUGAAUUGUCCGAAGAAUGUAAUUUGGCAGCCUCCAGGUUCCUGUUGUAAGGUUUGCAAAGGUCAAAGGAGGAUAUUCAAUUUACCCGGUGGGAAAUGUUUCUUUCAAUAUAAAAUCUACAAAAGUGGGGAGACAUUUCGACCUGGAAAUUGUACAAGCUGUCUCUGUGUGGACGGAACAUUUAUUUGUGAUCGGGAGACAUGUCCGCCACUUCCUUGCCCCCUAGAAAAAACUGUUCAGAGGGAAAACUCGUGUUGUCGAGUUUGUCCUGACAAACAGACGUGCGACUACAAGAACAGAACAUAUAUGCACGAACAACAAUGGCGGCCAAACGUAUGCACUGCAUGUUCCUGUGAUGACGGCUCAACAAGGUGUCACGUGCAAAAUUGUCGGAAUUCCGUCUGGUGUCCCUCGGGCUACCGGUUGAAGUAUGUUGACGGUGAAUGCUGUCCACGGUGCACUGAAGCCAAAGGAGUGUGCACUGUGUUUGGCGAUCCGCACUAUAGAACAUUUGAUGGACGGAUUUACAAUUUCCAAGGACCGUGCAAAUAUCUACUGGCGGAAGACACUGUGGCUAAAUCGUUCUCAAUACGCGUGCGCAAUGACGCACGCACCUCACCUUGGUUCACUUGGACAAGAAUGGUCACUGUGUUUCUGGGGAAUGUGAAAAUAGGACUUCAUCAAAAGAUGAAUGUGAAAGUAAAUAGAAGACGUGUUAAACUACCUUAUACAAAUCACGCUGAAUUCUCGGUCGUACGAGAUGGUCAGUCGGUCAAAGUGAUGACCGCUAUUGGCCUCAAGGUCAUUUGGGAUGGUGAUAGUUUCGUAGAAGUGACGAUACCUAGUCGAUACAAACAGAAAAUGAGAGGUCUGUGUGGGAAUUAUAAUGGUAUUAGCACAGACGACUUGAUGGGAAAGGAUGACCAUAUGUAUCUCGAUGGGGAAAACUUUGGUAAUACGUGGCGUGUUGGAAGCAAAGCGGCCUGUACAAUAGAGGAAAAUGUUCAAAAAACGGAACCGCCUUGUAAAUCGGACAGUUCUAAGAGAAAACGUGCCAAAAGGGAAUGUAGCCAUCUUUUAGCAAGCGUGUUUUCCAGAUGUAGGCGCAAAGUAGACGUGAGGCAGUAUUACAGGUCAUGUAUAGCUGAUAUGUGUGAGUGCCCGGAUGACAAACAAUGCGCAUGUGAGGCUGUGAAAGCAUACGCACACAGGUGUAUCAACGAAGGAGUAGAAUUAACGUGGAAUGAUCAGCGAUUCUGUCCAGAACACUGCCCCGAGGGUGCUAUAUAUCGGCAGUGCACAAAACGAUGCAUGCGCACGUGCGAAGAACGGGACCAGAAAGCAUUAUGUAAAACAAAGUGUUCCCCUGGGUGUGCUUGUCCAGGAAACAGACUUCUACAUAAUAAUAAAUGUAUAAAACCAAGGCAGUGUCCGAAACGGCGUUGACGCAACAAUUUAGGGUAUUGAUGACGUCACGUUUUGAAGGAUUGAUGACGACACAGGGAAGGCUAUCAAUCCGGUCCGUCCAAUUCAAAUGGCGAUUAGUGCGUAAAUCGACGUACGGAAGUGACGCAGUGUACUGCACGUGCAUAAUCAUAAGUGAUGUCACACUACGACCUAGUUUUGGGGGAAUUCGUCCUGGGAUCCACUUAAGUGAUGAUAACACUUAUGCACGUGUUUUCUGUAUGUUAAAGCCAAAAGCAAAACAUGUUCAACUAUCUCGGCUUGAUAGUUGGAAUGGGAAACAAUUUGAAAGAGAUAUCGUGACAAAUUCUACAGGUUUCGUGCAAGCAUUGUAUUGCAUUUUGGUAUAUUUUAAAGUACUCUUUCAAAGGUGAAGAAGACCAAAAAUGUCUGUCAAUAAUGAUACUUGAUUGCCUCUUGACAAGGCCUUUAGCAUCCAUUUAAUUCUGCCACGAUGCAUUAACACCGCCAGGAUAACAUAUUACAGCAGAAACAUUUGUCAGUUACAAACUGUGAAGCACCACCGUAUGACAAAAUACUCAUCUUAUGUCUCCAAGUGUGUUACUACGUUUUAUGUUGAUAAUUGAUAAUGCUUUAAUUUAUGUCUAACUUGAUAAUUAUUCGAACAUGGGUUUAAAUGACACACAAAUUAUUUGUUUGAAUAUGUUUUUUUAUAAAUUAUGUUUGAUAUUAUUUGAUUUUAUACGUUGAACAUUAAUUAAUUGAACUUAAUAUAAUUAGCAUAUUAUGUUUGAUGAUAACAUUUUCCUACGAAAAUAAUUUAAAUAACGAUAUUAUGUAUAUUCAUAAUGUUUCAAUAAGUAGCUGACUUCUCGCUCUGAUGUUACUCCUAAAUAAAUAUCAAACCCGGUUACUCCACAUGUGCAAUAGUUACUCAUAUCUAUAUUUUAUAAAACCACGGAAAAUAAUAAUUCAUUUAUACAGUUUACAUAUAUACUUUUCUUUAGCAUCUAGGUUAAAGUCAAUCUGGAAUUUACAGACUAGCUAAAAUAAAUAUCUUUAUUUCCUGAAGAUUUAGCAUCAUCAAAAGCCUAUUAAAAUGUUUUCCGUGGGGGAUCUUUUGCACGUGCAUAUCGCAGAUUUUUAACAUUGCACAUCAUGGUUCAGCUUGAAGGAUCUUUAUGUUCUGUGCAGUAAUGCUACUGUGAAAUCACUAUUUUUGUGAGGUUUUUAAUUUCGUUGAUUUUGUGGGUUGAUCUUCAUCCACGAAUUCCCAGGUCAAAGAAAUAAUUCAAAUGUGACCUAAUGCAAUUCUCCGUUAGAGUUGAUACUCGUUAUCCACCAAUUCAUGUAUCCACAAAAAGCUGUUUGGAAACUACAAAAUGUUGGCCCUACGAAAUUACCUGAUUCCACAGUCAUCAAUAGAAUAUUAAUGUUCACGUGUAUAAGAUUUCUGAUGAAUUUUCUCGUGAACUAGCUAAACUAUUUUAUAAAUAAAGAACAUGUUGUUAAAAGAAACGAAAUUCUACUAUAAAUAUUAACAAAAUCCUAAAUAUUUGAAAUCUUGCCGAACCCUUUGAGAGAAGCUAAAACCAGUGAAUGGUUUAUAUACAAUAUUUCCGUUCCCAAAAAAGUAAAGAUAGAGUACACGAGCUAUUCAAACGGCACUUCCAAUUAAAUCCCUACAUCACUCAUCAAGUUAUUUAUUCAACUCGAAAUAAAAUAACAAAUCAUGCUUAAUUUUUGUCAUCAGUUUACCAAAGUCUUUCAUUUCAUUUUUUUUAUUGCAUUCAUUUUGUUUAACAUUAAGUUUUCCACUAGGAUUAUCGAAAAUUGCUAUUAUUAUACGCUAGGUAUCCCUAGAUGGGACAUACGGUCUCUAACAUAGUGAAAAUUGUUGAUAAUCCAAAACAAAGGGGAGACGAUUGUGUUUAAUUGAUUACUUACUUUGAUUUCUGAACGAAUCAAACGUAAAUAGUCUACGUCAUGUGGUCCAAAAUGUAAGAGAGUGUAUGAAGGAAAGAUAGCCAUAGUUUUGUUACUGUACUUAAUGGUCGAAUUCAUUAACUUAUUACUGCUACUGUAAAUAGAUUUAUUUAUUAACAUAAAUGUUUUGUUGUAACAAGGCCAGUGUAGAGGGAUGUUGUAAACGUGGGACAAUUCUAUGGGAGAAGGAUCAAAAGCAGAUGAGUCGUUGUUUGUAUGAAUAAGAUAGAGUGGUUCUUGUAUACAAGUGCUAUGUUACCAAUGAACGGAUUUAUUUAGUGAGCACAGAAAGUAUGCAUGAUUUCAUUAUUGUACGAAAUACGAUAUCCCAAUCUAAAUAGUGCAAUUUAAAUUUAGUGACUCCUGCAUGUAUUGAAUUUUUGGGAUAAAUUAAGUAAUAAUUUCUAUUUGUUAUCUAACAGGUUAUAAAUUAAACCAUUCGUUUGUCGUGAAGCAAUAUCAUCCCUAUUUUUACAAUAUGAAAUUUUCGGUGAAGUGGUGGUCAUACUGAUACUCUGAUUGUUGAUAGAAAUAAUUAAUGUAAAGUUCAAGUUGAACAAAAGCAAGUCUAUUUUGUCUCAGGUUAAAUGUCAUAUCAGGUGUUCCAAGGGGAAUAACUCUGAUCUUAAUGUAUUUAAUAUUAGACAACUCGGAGUAAUUCUGCAAUACUAGAACUUCAUAUUCAAUCCAAAUCCGUGUAAAGGAGAAAGCAUGCAUGGCUUCAAUUGGCAAGUCGGUCCUUAUGUAAUUGUUGCUGAGAAAAUGCAGAGAAUGGAAAGGAACAAACUAGAAUAUUUCGACAGAAGGUUUUUAUUUGCAGGUUAAAACAUAUUUGAAAGUUUCGUUUGAAAAUCGACUUAUUAACAAUUAAAAUGCGAAAGAAUUAUGUUAACAUUACAUGUGCAAAUUUACCCAUCCUCAAAAUGUCAUGGUGUUACGCACAUUUACGUUCUCUGCAACCCUGGAAUGUGUGAAGCUAUUUGAUUUGUUUAAAGUAAACAAGAAGAACCAAUUGUUUAGCAGGAGCGACCCCCAAUUUUUUCCAUUUUCAAAGUCGGUCAUCGUUAUUUCUCUACCGCGUGAUUCGGUGUACAUCACAUUAUCAAACCAAUCUACUUGUGUAACAAUCCACAGAGUGUCGGAUACAAUGCCUUUGACUUUGUCAUGACAUGUUCUAGGAGGCAGAGAACAUAAGUGAGCGUAACUGCUGGACUUUUGAGGAUGAAAUGUACCUCCCAGCUUUGAUAAAUAUAAUGGGAAUAUUCGGUUUAUGAGUUAAUGCUGUGUUGUAGGCACCGUUAUUACUGGGGUAACACAUUAUGGGUGUUAUUUUCACACAAAAUGAUAAGCUGAAUUCAGUCUUUCUCUUGAUGGAAAUGUAUAUGAAAUAUGAGGCAGAAUGGUGAUUGGUUAUUGUAUAUGUAUGGUAUGGGUGAGGAUUUUUAUAUGACUUAUUUGAAACGUUUUUUGUUUAAUUAUCAACUGUCUCUUGCUAGGUAAUAUAUUUCAACAGCGAACAAAUAUGUUAAAAUACAUUGUUUGCAAUCCAAAAAAUUGGAAAUCUACAAUAUUAAAACAU